AUGACCAUCGUCCACUGGCUUGCCAAGCACCCGAAGGACUUGCUGGCUGCUGGCCACCGCCAUCAUAGUUAUCUCCCAGCAUCACUCAACUUCACCCCGCCCUUCCACACUCAGGGUCGCUUUAUCCGGGAUGCCAACGACGUUCCUGUGAAACUCGCCAGUAUCAACUGGUAUGGCGCCAGCGACAUAUAUUUUGUGCCCGGUGGACUCGAUGUGCGGCACCGAGAUGACAUCGCACAGCUGAUCCUCGACCUAGGGUUCAACAGCGUCCGCCUGCCCUACGCAGACGAGAUCGUUCUGCGGAACCCGCAAGUCAAUACAAGCCUGAUCGCAGCAAACCAAGACCUCUUCCAAGAGUCUACGCCGACUGCACUGGAUGUUUACCACGCUGUUAUCGACAGCCUAACCGCAGCAGGUCUGCUAGUCAUCCCGAACAACCACAUCACAACUGCGACAUGGUGUUGCGGGGCCAACCCAUGCGAUCUUAGCUGGACGAACAGCUACUGGGGAGGGCAGUUAUUCUGCCCUGUGCCACUGACGGAGGAGGGAUGGAUACGGAACUGGGAGACGGUGAUGCGACCGCUAGUGCAGAACCCGUUUGUGAUAGGAGCGGAUCUGCGAAACGAAGUGCGAGGUCUCUGGGGCACGAUGUACUGGAGCGACUGGGCAAAAGCAGCGGAGAGAGCAUCUGAGCGGCUACUGGCCAUAAACCCUGACUGGUUGAUGAUCGUCGAAGGCAUUUCGUCAGCGAACGAUGUUUCUGGAGCAAAGAAAAGGCCUAUCCAACUCAGUAUCCCGGGGCGAGUGGUAUACUCAGCUCAUGUAUAUCCCUGGUCUGGCUGGGGAAGCCUGGCACCAUUUUCUGGGAGAAGGUAUGAGGAUUUUGCUUCAGAGAUGUGGAAGAACUGGGGGUACCUCCUGGCAGAAGACAUUGCACCCGUGUGGGUGGGAGAGAUCGGCAUCACGUCCUAUGAACCUACCGACGGGGAUCGCAAUUACUGGCGGAACCUUGUACGGUUCCUGAAAGAAACAGAUGCCAGUUGGGGCUAUUGGGCGCUCAAUGCACGUAAGGCCUCGGGAGAAAUAGAAUGGUAUGGCUUAUUAGGAGACGAAUGGGACUGGGAAAGUGUACGAUGGGACUACCGCUUGGAGGCCUUGAAGGCCCUCGGUUUAGAGGGUCCCAAGUCAUAA